UUCAGUUCAGUAGUAUUGUAUCGCUUCAUCGGAGAGGACGUAAAACGUGACAUUCGGGCGGCAAACAAGCGUUUUAGAUUCUCAGUAGAGCUCAUUUGUUCACCUGUGGCGCAGUGUUAUCGGGCGGUGGAUGUUGUUAUAUUCACUUGUUUUUAUCGGAAAAAGUGCUACUUUGCAACGCAACUCAAACAUAGUUCAAGGUCGUUUGGGAUAUUGGAUCAAUCAUCUGCGUUGUGCUCGGUGCAAGUAAAGAGAGCAUAAAGUAGCAGUCAACGCAUGGUUAUAACCAUCGACCAACCUGAACUGGAUUCAACCUACAAAACGUGAACCGGAACCAUCGCAACCGACAAGAUGUCGCUCAGUACCAGCGCAAACCUGGUGAAAUAUCUCCUAUUUCUAUUUAACUUUCUUUUUGUGAUAACGGGUAUCACAAUUAUGGCCAUUGGCCUCACCGUGCAAGGUGCAUAUCACAACUUCAGGGAGAUUUUGGAUCCACAGUUCUUCAGCGUGCCAACCUUCCUGGUCGUAAUUGGCAGUUUCAUCUUCAUCAUUGCAUUCUUCGGAUGCUGCGGGGCCUACAAAGAGAACUACUGCAUGACGUUGACGUUUUCGAUCCUGUUGGUGUUCAUCUUUAUCUUGGAACUGGCGGCCGGCAUCAGUGGCUACGUGUUAAGAAAUGACACCUACAAUUUGGUUUCCAACACCUUGCAAAGCUCCAUGGGCAAGUACGGUGGCAACACGAGCAAUGAGAUCACCUACAUUUGGGACGAGAUCCAAGUUGAUUUCGACUGCUGUGGAGUCAAUAAUGCUUCCGACUGGGGUAAAACUAACGACAAGCUGUUCAAUGACACAUUUUUGCCAAUGAGUUGCUGUCGAACCACCACGGGUGCCAUCGGAACGGUUCGUUGCAUGGACCCCGACCACAAGGAAACACUACGCACGACAGGCUGCCUUAACUCGUUUGGAAGCUUUAUCAAGGCGCACGCGGUAAGCUUGGGAGCGGCCGGAAUUGCUAUUGCGGUUAUACAGUUCUUCGGAGUGCUUUUUGCAUGCUAUCUAUCGAAGCAAAUCAAACUGCAGCAAGGCCAUACUGGAUUCUAGUGCAAUAUUAGAGGAAAGACUGUGCAAUUGAGCGUGACUGGCAAUCGCGCAUGUUACUGAUGGUGUGAAUGAAAUCAUUAUCCAAUGUGAUCUUACCGCAACCGAAUAUAAUAUAUGUAUAAAUACAGUUAACAUCAUAUCAGG